AUGAUUCAAGCAGAGCCGGUAAAAAGAGUCGGGUUAGAUGAUUUGCACAAAAAACCCACAGAUCUUAAAACGGCCAUAGAAAACUCUGAUGGUGAAGGCUUCAUAGGCGCAUUUAUUCAAAAUCAAUCGUUUUCGACGACCGACGCCGAAGGAAACACUUUACUUCAUUUUGCGGCGAAACGCGGAAAUCGUUUGAUGGUCCGAGCAAUUUGCUCAUUCUCAAAUCAUCUUGAAUUGUGGAAAAGAAAAAAUUCUGAAGGAAAGCUGCCGAAAGAUGUCACAGAUGAUCCUUCAAUCCGCCGAGAUUUGAUGUCCCUUGAAUCAGCUCGACCGCUUGCGCAGAAUCAUCAUACAAAAUUUAAUAAACAGCUAGUCGAAAAACGGAUAAAAGAGCCGAGGAAUGAAAAUUUGAAAGUUCUUCUAAGCAUGGAUGGUGGCGGUCUUCGAGCCAUUAUUCAAUCAAUGUUCCUUGUUGAAAUGGAAAAAGAACUUGGCAGACCCAUAUAUGAGCAUGUGCAUUGGAUUGGUGGCACGAGUUGUGGUGGAAUCAACGCUGCCACUUUGGCAUGUGGAAUUGGAUUAAUAGACGCGCAAAAGAUAUUUUUGACGUCUCGCCGCCGAAUAUUUUGUGGAAACACCAGCAUGUUCCCAAAACACGAUCCUCGGGGUAUCGAAAAAAUUUUGAAAGAUUUGUUCGGAACAAAGACACCAAUUUCGAAUAUUACUGCACACAAAAUUAUGGUGACUACUGCGAAAGUACAAUCAGCCCCGCCUCUUCUUUAUCUGUUUCGUUCUUAUGCUCCCAGAAUCACCAAUAAGGAGUUUGAGCAAUUGGGAUAUCUUGAUCCAAGCAAAAUUCUUCUUUGGAAGGCGAUUAGGUGCACUUCCGCAGCACCAUUGUAUUUUUCUUCUUUUAAUGGAAUGGCAGAUGGUGCCAUAUUCUGCAAUAAUCCAUGUAUCGCUUUAAUGACGGAAUUUUUCAAAUUGAAGAAAAUUGAAAAUCAUAGGGGAAUUAAAAACAACGAUGAGAUAGGUUGUGUGAUAUCAAUUGGAACAGGAAUCGAACCGGUCGUUCCACUCAAUGGAAUUGACAUCAAUGUCAACAACGCAUUCUCUUUUGGGGGAAAUUUUCGCGAAAUCAUGGCGAGCGGAAAAAAUUUGAUAACUAUGUUUUUGUAUCAGUGUACUACGUCGCAUAAUGUGAACGUUGGCCAAAGUCGUGAAUGGGCGCACUCGAUCAAUGUGCCAUUUUUUCGAUUUUCGCCGAAACUUUCGAAAUGCUUUGAACUCGACAAUGUUAAUCCGGAAAUCAUGUUCAAUUCUAUGUUUGAAACCCUAAUUUAUGUAAAUCAGAUUAAACCGGAAAUUGUGGAUUUGUGCAGGCUCCUUAAAGCGUUGCCCAAGAAUGAACAGAGUUGCGAUUAUCUAAAAAUAACGAAAAAUGAAUAA